AUGGCAACUGCGCUCAGUCUGUUUACAGCUAUGCGUGCUAUCGACGCAAUUUUCUUUUUCGCGGCCACAACUUGGCCAUGCGCAAGCGCAGAUCGCGAUAAAAGUACUAUAUUAAGUGAUUCCUUAGUCUGUGCUAAAACCUUAGGUUUUGAAAAGUGUAUAACCGCUUUCGGUAUUUGGAAGGCGGAACGUGCUCUAAAGCACGAAAAUCAGAAGGAAUCUUUCAAGUGGCUCAAAUAUGUAAAUCAAACUGAUGAAGAGCUUUAUGCAAGACUGUGCCAAGACACGGAGGAGUUGCUUCGGAUUCGCCCUCUAACCAUGAGUCUUGGUGAACGUUAUGUGGUUAAAAUGAUGUCUACGGGAAAUAAUUCGCUGAAUUUCGAUAUUAUAGAAAAUAAAGACGUAAACACAGCCCGAACCAGCAUGAAGAAAAUGAUGGAAUUGUUCUAUAAGGUCUUGCCAAUACUUAUCCUCCCUGGCCUCGUUUUGUCUGCAAGUUUUCCAUUUUUCUUGCCCACACUCAAGAUGGCAACUAUGGCUACCAUGAUGCUAAAUAAAAUGGCGCUGACAGGAGCAAUUUUCACACUUUUAAGAAACAAUGCUUUCAAUGAUCAUCACUAUCCUAAGAGAGUUAUUUAUAUUAAUGCAGGGUAUGGGAAGCAUAAAUACGAUCCAAUAAUAGUAGCUCCGUCAGAAAACGUUGAUGAUGUAGCGGGACCUAACUUUGAAACCCAACACAGCACAGAAGUGACCCACGAUGUAAAAGACUAUCAUCUCGUGGGAAUAGACCCUAAUACUGGUAUUUCCUCACCAUUUAAUUUCGAAUGGCUAAAAAACACUGAUAAUACGGGAAAAGUGAAGAAUGUACAAAUUAUUGGAGAGGUACCUGACUGGAGGAAACCCAAUGCGAACUGGCCACCUAUUAUAUAA